AUGGUCACAUACUGUCGCGAUCGGUGGGGAAAUAUCUACCGAUGUCGGUCAUCCUGGCAUAACUGGGGUCGUUGGGUGUUACUGGCCAUCAUUAUUGGACUGGCAUUCGUAGCCUUCUUCUUUUUCGCAUGUCUCUCCGCUCGUAAACGCCGUCGCCACGGCCAACGACCCAUCUACGGGACCGGCUGGGUCCCAGGCUCACAGCCUCCGCCAGGCCAAUGGCAGCAACAACAAUAUCCUCCGCAACCGCCCCCCGCGCCGCCGGGAUACCAACCGUCUACCGAGCAUGGAUAUGGGCAGAAUUACGGUGCGAACCAAGGAUACUUCGGCCAGCAGCAGUACGGAUCCGAGCUCCAGCAGCCACCGAACGCAUAUGCGCAAGACGGCGUAUAUUCACCCCCCAUGGGACCGCCGCCGGUUCAUCCGAAGUAG